AUGGGUAAAAAAUUUUUUAAAGAAUUAAAUCAAAAAGGUAUAAAUUUCACUGUUCGUCAUGAAUUCUUUGAUUAUGUUAACGGCAUAUCGUUGACAUUGCCUGGUGGACUUGAUAGCUUGAAAAAGGUUGCCGAUAUAUCAGUUAAUCUUAAUCUAACACCCGCGCCUGGUUAUGUUGAUGAUGAUGAACUUGAAAAACGUGAUUACAUUACCAAUGACACAAUCCAAUUUGCUCCUAAUAAUAAUAUAAAUGAGAUACAUAAAGUCACUGGUGUUGAUCGUGUACAAAAUGAGUUUUUGAGAAUUGAUUACAGGCAUCCAGCACUUGGCGGCUGUUUUGGAACAGGAUGUAGAGUGGCAUAUGGACAUAAUUUUGUUUUAGAUUUAACCAACCUUAAUGCUAGUGAUCCACUUGAUAUUUGUAAUGGUCAUGGUACACAUGUUGCUGGUUUGAUAGGUGCUAAUGACAGUCUAGUAACUGGAUUUAUGGGAGUUGCUCCUAAUGUCACUUUUGGUGUUUAUAGAGCCUUGAAUUGUGUGGGUUCAGGGAGUGCUGACAAUAUAAUGGCUGCAUUAGAAGCAGCUGCAACUGAUCAAAUGGACAUAAUAAAUUUAUCUUUAGGAGGUGAAGGAUGGGCAGAAACUUCAAUGUCUGUUUUGGCAGAUUCAAUUGCAAAUCGAGGAAUCAAUGUUAUAGCUGCCAAUGGUAAUGAAGGAAUUCGUGGUAUCUGGGAUUCUGGUAUACCUGCAAUUGGUUAUGGCACCAUUUCUGUUGCAUCAAUGGAUGCUAAAAAUUUUCUCGUUUACCGGGCAACUGAUAUUAAAGAUUCUUCAUUUAUAAUUGAUUAUAUUUCAAGUAGUGCUAGACCUUUUAAUAUUAAUCAAGGAGAAACAGUAAUCUUUGAUAGUUCAAACAAUUGUAAAGAUGUCCCUGCUCAAACUUUAGCAGGAAAAGUAGUAAUUCUAAAUAUUUAUGCUGCAAAAAUUAAUCAAUGUAUUAUAUCACAACUGUAUACAGAUCUACAAAUAGCUAAAGUUGUGGGUGCUCUUGUUAUUAAUAAUCUAACUACAGGACCUGCCUUAGCUAGUCCACGUCAAGAUGAUGUUAAAUAUCCAGUUGCAUAUAUUAUAUCAACUGAAGCUCAACUAUUGUUAGACAGAGCAGUGACUAAUAAACCAUUGACUUUAGAUUUUUCUGAUAAAAAAGGUUAUAUUAUAGAAAAUAGUUUUGGUUCAGUAAUUUCAUAUUUUAGUUCUUGGGGAUUAACUCCUACUCUAGAUAUUAAGGAAAUUGUUGCACCUGGUGGAGUAAUGUUUUCUACAUAUCCUUUACCUCUUGGUAGUUAUUCUUUAAAUUCAGGAACAAGCAUGGCAACACCAUAUAUAGCAGGAUGUGUUGCAUUAUAUUUAUCAGCAACUGGUAUAAAACAACCAACUUUAGAUGUGAGAAAUGCAUUCAUGAAUUAUGCUAGACCACUCAAAUUUCCAUCCGGAACUGUUGUCUCACCAGUUUUACAACAAGGCACAGGAUUAGUAAAAUAUUGA